AUAAUCUUAUAAGUAGUAAAAUAAUUAAAUAAAUCUCAUUUACUAUUUGGGUCCUGCUUAGUUUCUUUAAACUAUCUCUCAAAAUCUCCAAUAUCAAGUUUCUUGAAAAGAUCUUUCUUUAUAUAUAUAUUAUAAAUAAUCUUAUAUAAGUAAGUGAAUAACUACUCAAGAUAAAUAAUAAUUACCAUUUGGGUCCCUAUUGUUUUCUCUGUAUUCUCUUUCAAACCUUCAAGAUAAAUUUUUAGAAAAAGUUACUAAUUUCGGAAAGUUUGAUCAUGGCAACAUCAAGUGGCACAACGACGUCGUUUAGUGGCUCGGAUCCUCAAGAAGAAAUGGACAAAAGAAAGAAAAGAAGGAUGAUAUCCAAUAGAGAAUCAGCAAGGAGGUCAAGAAUGAGAAAACAAAAGCAUUUAGAUGAUCUCACGACGCAGUUGAGCCAUUUGAGAAAUGAGAAUAACCAAAUCAUGUCAAAUAUUAGCAUGACCACACAACAUUACAUGAAUGUUGAGGCAGAGAAUUCUGUAUUGAGAGCUCAGGUGGCCGAACUUGGCCACCGACUCCAGUCUCUCAACGAGAUCAUCGGUUUUAUGAAACAACCGAUGAUCAAUGAUGGAGACGGUUUUUUAGAGGACGAGUACAACGGAAGUGGUACCGAACUUGGUGCCGAGUUUUUGAACAACUCAUUGAGUUAUCUUUACUCUUGCCAACCUAUUUUGGCUUCUGCUGACAUGAUCAUGUACUAAAAGUGAAAGAAGUUUUGGAAGCAAGGAGAAAAUGGUCAUUUUCUAGAAUUAUCAGGUCAUGGUGGUACUUUUGUCAAGAAGUUAAGUUGGAGAAAUAACAUUUGGGGGCUAAAGUUAUGUUGCAUGAUGAUAUGAUAUAUUAUUAUGGGAUGUUGAUGGUGAUUGUAAUGUAAUGUGUUUUUUAGUU